UGGCUUUUCUGGCAGCACCAAGACCAUCAUGUCGGCGAUUGUGACCGGGUACUUGGCUGAGUUUGACGCGUUGGCCGAGGCCAUUGACGGCGCGCUGCAGGCGGCACAAGAAGCCCACUGUGACCGAGACGCGGCGACGGAUGCGAUGGUGGUCGAAGCCAGCGAGCUAAUGCAGCACGCUCAGCUGCAUCUGCGCAGCCUGGAUGCGGCUGCGCGGCGAACGUUUGCCGACGCAAUGCAGCACAACGCGGCGCGCCUCGCCACCUGGACCCAGCCGCCGCAGGAUGACAGGAGCGAGCUCGUCGGCGAUGCUGCGAUGCGCCACCGCAUGCAAGCCGCGACGCAGACGCUGCAGCGCACGGGCGGCACCAUUGCGGCUGCGCAGCGUAGCGUGUUCGAAGCCGAGGCGACAGGCCAUGCGAUCCAAGCCGAGCUCAGCCGGAACCGCGAGACGCUUCAGAACACGCAGGCCAAGGUCUCGGCCGUCAAUGCGAUCGCGCAGGCCAGCGACGCGAUCCUCACGCGCAUGACGGCCCGCUGGUCGUUUUGGCGAACAGGAGCAUAGUGCAUGUCAUACAUACUACACUCUUCUAGUGACAAACGACUUGACGCGCGUCACACAACGGGA